ACAUCCAAUAUGCUUCCCUUUGGAUUUGUCCAGUUGGCUCCGUUCCGAAACUGGAAUGUCAAUUCUGGAUGGGCCAUUUUGAGGUGGCACCAGACCGCUGACUAUGGCUAUGUCCCUAACGACAGGAUGAAGAACACCUUCAUGGCGGUGGCCAUGGACCUGCCUGAUUACAAAUCACCACAUGGAAGCAUCCAUCCCAGAAAUAAACACGACAUCGCACAGAGACUGUACAUCGAGGCCAUGAUUGUGGCUUACAAGAGGACGGACAUGCUAAACCAACGAGGACCAUUCCCUACUGGGUUCACAGAAGUGGUGAAUAAGAAGACUGUACAGAUUUCAUAUGCUAACACAAGGACAACCAUCGAGAAGAGAAAUAAUAAUGGUUUUGAGGUGUGUUGUGUCCCGAGGAGGGAUAUAUCUGAUACCCGCAAGUUCUGUCCAAUGACCUACCCUUCUAACCUGUGGAAGGCUGUUCCCAUCACGGCUUCAGACUCAACGUCUGUAACGAUCAACUACCACAAUGCUUGCACCUCAAGCAACCCCUACCUUGGUGGUAUCCGUUAUGAGUGGCGGGAAUCCCCCUGUGAUAUGAAGAAGUGUGCUGUGUAUAACAAAUUGAGCGGAAGUCCUGCUCCACCAUUCAUACACUUUGUCACCCUUUAGAUGGAUCUAGGAUCUCAGAUGUAUUGAUAUGUAAUGUGAAUAUGUUAUUCUAGGAUAUUUAUGAAUGUAGUUAUUU